AUGGCCACCUUUAUAGGCCAAAUCUCUGUGCUUUCCCUCAUUGCCUUAUUUGGUGCAGCCACCACUGCUAUGGUGACAACAGCGAGGAAGGCCGUUACAUUACUGCUAUCGUAUUUGAUAUUUACAAAGCCAUUAACCGAACAGCAUGGGACUGGACUGCUGUUGAUAUCAAUGGGGAUUAUAAUGAAGCUGUUGCCCGAAAACAAGCUGCCCAAGAGGUCAACAACAACCUCAUCUUCCAUCCCCAAGAUUGA